AUGAUCGCGUUCGUAGGGUUGUUGCUGACGACAGCGGCGCUGACGGCGGCUCAAGUGUCCACCCCAGCUGCUACGCAAAUUAUAAGAUUCCAGGAAGCCAUUGGGCCAUUCGGAGGACAAUUGACGACGAGUAGCGGUAUGCCAGUCGAGCAGUGCCAAACUUACUCGCUCGACAAAUCGAUAAUGGCUAACGACUUCCUGAUGGACAACUUAUUUAACUUCGCCCGAGAGCGGAUCCCCGAGCGCACCGUGCACGCUCCUGGCAUGUGUGGGUACGGCUACUUCGAGCUGACGCGUGACUUGUCACACAUCACCAAGGCGGAUUACCUGAACGGCGUCGGAAAGAAGACACCUAUCGCCGUACGGUUCUCCAUAACAUUAGGCAGCAAAGGUACCCCUGACUUGGUUUUGGGCGCUCGGGGCUUCUCGAUCAAGUAUUACACCCGCGAGGGCAAUUUCGACAUGGCCAUGUUCAACAUCCCAGUAUCCUCGUUCAAGGAUCCGCUUGACGCUCACGGUACCCGCGCCUCCAGAAACAACCCUGCCACGAAUCUCCCAGACCCGGACAUGGCGUGGGACACUAUCACCUUGCAUCCAGAGUUUCUGCACGCGAUGUCCUUCUUGUUUGCCGGCUACGGCCAGCCCGCCGGGAUCAGACACAUAACUGGAUUUUCGGCCCACAAUUACCAGUUGGAGAACAAAUGUGGGGAAACACAUUUCGCCAAAAUGAGUUUCAUACCUGUCGCAGGCAUCAAAAACUUGGACCCCGCGGAAGCUAGUAAAUUAAACGCCGAGAACCCUCACUACAUGGCAACUACCAUGUACAACGAGAUCGCCAGUGGAAAUCCUAUAGAAUGGACGGUCAAUUUUCAAAUUUUUAACAUGACCGACUACAAGAAACUUGGAGCUCAAAUAUUUGACACAACAAGAACCGUUGAUGAUAAGAAGUACCCCUAUAUUCCUGUUGGUAAGCUCGUUUUAGAUCGCAACCCCACAAAUUUCUUCGCCCAGUGCGAGCAGCUGGCGUUCUGUCCGUGUCGCGUGGUGCCUGGUAUUCUAGGCGCGCCCGACAAGCUGUACGAAGCGCGCCGCAUGAACUAUCGUGACGCCCAGAACUAUCGCCUCGGCGGCAACCAUAACAACAUCCCCGUCAACUAUCCGUACAUGAGCGUAAAUCCCCUCAACACCUACAACCGCGACGGUGUUCCUCCAGUCUUGGACAACGGUGGAGACGCCCCCAACUACUUCCCCAACUCCUUCUCCGGACCCACCGCCUAUGACACGCAGUGCUCACGACUGAUUAGCAUAGAAGAGGAAAAGCCCUACAACAUGGAUUUGGUCCAGAACUUGUACGCCAAUGUAUUCACGGAGCACGAAAAAGAGCUAGUGGUGAAUAACGUGGUCGCUCAGUUGAAGAGAGUGAAUGUUCCCAGGGUCGUAGUUAAGGCGGUGGAGCUUUUCAAAAUCGCAAACGAAGAGGUAGGACGCAAAAUCGAAGAAGGAUUGAAGAAAUAA